UUUAGUGAGGUCAGUGCUGAUAAAGCAGGUAGUACCAAGGACGUUCUAGUCAUUACAAUUCGUCUUCUCUAUUAUCUGAUGUGUCCAUCCUAUUCGUUUUAAACCUUACGUUAAAUGUAUUCUAGCCAUCACAGAUUAUUUAAUGUGCCCUUAUAUGUUUUUUAGAUAUUGGGGGAGAGGUGCAAUGUGAAUGAUAGUUGGCUGUUAUAUCAAGUACAGACGUUCCUAAUCUGGGGAUCGCAAAUGAAAUUGUUUAUUUAGUCCCAAAAUGACCUAUGUGGAUGAAUAUGUGAUAGGCAUAAGAGAUGCAACACCAAAUAAUCAAUAAUCAAAGUAAAAUGGUAUAACUUUAAUAAAACUUUUGGAAAAUUACGUAUUUUAUGUCAAUAUUAAAGACUGCAGCCCUGGGAGAAUUGAGUUGCAGAAAUGGGUCGCGCCAGUAAAUGUUUACGAAAAGCUGAGGUCGUCGCUCGGGAUCAAGGAGUUAAGUUCCCCAGGUUGGAGUAAAAGAACGAGGGUCUACCAAUGAUUAUCUCCCUUUACUCAUCUUUCAAUGGAUUCGAACCGAAUUUUGGAUUUUCUCUCAGAAAGUUUCAAAGUUUUUAUUGUUUAAAUGAACUGCAAACACGGGUCAGCAAUUUUUAUCAUCCAAUUAUUUGUUAAACAAUGAACAGGAAAUACCAAUAUAGUUUACUUACAAGAAUAUAUAAAAGUUUUCCUAAUAUUACACUUCAUGAAGCUGUUACAUUCCCUGACAUAUACAUUUUUAUUUUUAAUACAAUCCUUGCAAGUAAACACUAGUUUCUGUUUCAUCUAUUAUUUACACAAUGUUUAUCCAGUACCAAAAGAAUCCAGUGUACUAUCAGUACUUGUUAAAGAUUUGGGAUAUUGUACAGUCAAACACCUUAAAGUCUCUCAGUAAAAGACAUCUGAUACAAAUAAGCAAAAAAACUAUGCAAUCCACUUUUAUCAAUGAGGAUACAGUUGUGAAAUAUCUGAAAUCAAAAGGAAUCAGUUUUGAAAAACAAUAUACAAGUAUCAUAGUAACAUGUCCUAAAGCUUUCAACACCAUUAACAAACAGACAAAGUAUAUUUAUAUAAAUAUGAUCACAGGCCAGUUCACCUGCCAACAUUGUAGAAAAUCUGGUUUGUGGGAGCAGCUUCAAGAAAAUCUAAACAACAUAUUUAACAAGAAAAAAAGUGAAUUUUCAACAUGUCUGAAAGCUAUCCCGGAGUUUAAAAUAUCAUCUGAUGUUCUUAGAUUUUACAAUAAAGCAAUACCUUUAAAGAAAGUAGAUUCUGAAAUUAUUAAUUCAUGGAAGCAAAGCUUGAAUUGUUCUCUCUUACAGACAGCAACAUUAUCAAAAUUUGGAGUUUGCUAUGAUGAGGCAAGAAAUGCUUUGAUAUUUCCAUCUUAUAAUGAAAACUUUGAGAUAAGCCAACUUAAGUUGCUUAGUUUUGUCACAGACAAAGAUGGGCUCACAGAGGACCUAAAUGAAUCCUUAAUUCCAAGAACCACAAUCUCUGGUUUGUUUGGUUUGAGUACGUCAAAAGAAAGACAUAAUACAGAGGUCAUAUUAACUUCUUCUGAAAUGGAGGCAAUGGCUGUUUAUCAAAUAACUCAGAUACCUUCACUGGCUCUCCCCAAAAGAGGAAUGGUCCUUCCUGUUGAGAUUCUGCCGUUGCUAGAGAGAUUUAAGAAAGUUAUCUUAUGGCUUGGAACAGAUUUGUGUUCUUGGCAAAAUGCAAAGCAGUUUGCUAAAAAGUUGAAUGAGCAUCGCUGUUUUAUUAUCAGACCUUCAGAAGCCCCAUCAGCUGUUAAGGUUCUCCAAGAUAAAAUGAAUAUGAGUAAAAUAUUAAACUCCGCUAUUCCAGCAAGCCCAGAUUCUAUUGUUUCUUUCUCUCAACUCCGGAACAAUGUCUAUUUUGAACUUGCUCAGAAUGAGGAAAUCACAGGAAUUAAGUGGAAGAAAUUUCUUCCUCUAAAUAAACUGCUGAAAGGUCAUCGUCGAGGAGAACUUACAGUAUUUACAGGAACAACUGGUGCUGGGAAGACCACUUUCAUGAGUGAAUAUUCUUUGGACCUUUGUAUGCAAGGGGUGAAUACAUUAUGGGGGAGCUUUGAGAUUCAUAAUGUCAGAUUAGCAAAAACCAUGUUGAUGCAGUUCUCUCAGGUAAAUCUUGCCAAGAAUCUUGAUGCAUUUGAAAAUUGGGCUGACAAGUUUGACCAACUUCCCCUAUACUUCAUGACAUUUUUUGGUCAGGAAGAUGUUAAGAGAGUUAUCAAGACUAUGUCACAGGCUGUAUAUUUAUAUGAUAUUGCUCAUGUUGUUAUUGAUAACAUCCAGUUCAUGAUGGGAACAAAUAUCAGCCAAGGAAAUAGAUUUUUGAUUCAAGAUCAAAUAAUCUCUGAUUUUCGCAAUUUUGCUACAACAUCUAACUGCCAUGUAACACUUGUCAUUCAUCCUCGUAAGAAUAAAGAUGCAGAACUACUAAAUGU